AUGUUGGAAUACCACAGCUCCUUGGUCGCUUUGCCGUCGUCCGGUAGCUCCACAAAGUCGGCCAGAGGGUUCUCCGUCAACACCAGGCUGAACGUCGACACGUCCGCAGACCAAUUCGUCACCGUCGGCACAAUGUUCAAAAAUAUCUUGAACCCGACCUUCGACACCACCUCGGCCAUGUCGCGGAACACUCUGGUUGCUGUCCAACCAAGCGAUGGUCUCGUCGCAAGCCUUGGUCAAAGUCUCUCUCUUGGAAGCCUCAACCUUCUCUUCGAAUUGCUUCUCGGAAGCAGUCUGCUUCAAAGAGUAAGCGUAAGACUCCAAUCCGUUCUUAGCAGCAACUCUCUUAGCCUCCUUCUCGUCCUCGUCCUUGAACUUCUCGGCCUCGGCAACCAUUCUCUCGAUCUCCUCCUGAGACAAUCUACCCUUGUCGUUGGUGAUGGUGAUCUUUUGAGUCUUACCGGUACCCUUCUCAAGGGCAGAAACGUUCAAGAUUCCGUUAGCGUCAAUGUCGAAGGUGACCUCAAUUUGUGGAACACCUCUUGGAGCUGGUGGAAUACCAGAAAGCUCGAACUUACCAAGCAAGUUGUUGUCCUUGGUUCUGGCUCUCUCUCCCUCGUAAACCUGGAUCAACACACCAGGUUGGUUGUCGGAGUAUGUGGAGAAAGUCUCGGACUUCUUGGUUGGGAUGGUGGUGUUUCUUGGGAUCAACUUGGUCAUGACACCACCGGCAGUCUCGAUACCAAGAGACAAUGGAGCAACGUCCAAAAGCAACAAGUCUUGGGUCUUGGAAGAAGUGUCACCAGACAAAAUGGCAGCCUGGACAGCAGCACCGUAAGCAACAGCCUCAUCUGGGUUGAUGGAUCUGUUUGGCUCCUUACCGUUGAAGAAGUCAGAAACGAGCUUUUGCACCUUUGGAAUUCUGGUGGAACCACCAACAAGAACAAUCUCGUUAACUUGAGACUUGUCAAGCUUGGAGUCCUUCAAAACCUUCUCGACAGGGUCCAAGGUGGAUCUGAAAAGAUCUUGACAAAGCUCCUCGAAUCUGGCUCUGGUGAUGGAGGUGUAGAAGUCAAUACCCUCGUACAAGGAGUCAAUCUCCAAAGAGGUUUGAGCAGAGGAGGAAAGAGUUCUCUUGGCUCUCUCACAAGCGGUUCUGAGUCUUCUCAAAGCUCUCUGGUUACCGGAGAGGUCCUUCUUGUUCUUUCUCUUGAAUUCGUUGAUGAAGUGGUUCACCAAUCUGUUGUCGAAAUCCUCACCACCCAAGUGAGUGUCACCGGCAGUGGCCUUAACCUCGAAGAUACCGUCCUCGAUGGAAAGCAAAGAGACAUCAAAAGUUCCUCCACCAAGAUCGAAGAUCAAGACGUUUUGCUCGCCCUCGCUCUUCUUGUCCAAACCGUAGGCAAUGGCAGCAGCAGUAGGCUCGUUGAUAAUUCUCAUAACGUUCAAACCGGCAAUCAAACCAGCGUCCUUGGUGGCCUGUCUUUGAGAGUCGUUGAAGUAAGCUGGAACGGUGAUAACAGCGUCGUUAACCUUGGUUCCGAGGAAAGCCUCAGAGGUCUCUCUCAUCUUGGUCAAGAUCAUAGAGGAGAUCUCUUCUGGGGUGAAAACCUUGGUCUCACCCUUGAACUCAACCUCGAUUUGUGGCUUACCGCUCUUGUCGAUAACCUUGAAUGGGAAGUGCUUAACGUCACCCUGGACCUCAGGGUCGUCGAACUUUCUACCAAUCAAUCUCUUAGCGUCGAACACAGUGUUCUUUGGGUUCAUAGCGGCCUGGUUCUUAGCAGCAUCACCAAUCAAUCUCUCGGUGUCGGUGAAGGCGACGAAAGAUGGAGUGGUUCUGUUACCUUGGUCGUUGGCGAUAAUCUCAACUCUGUCGUUGGAGAAGUGCGCAACACACGAGUCGCCGUCGCGUCGUUCACCGUUCGGUACUUGAACGACUUGCAAGUGCGCGACAUGUUUGACGGAGUGAGUUUUUCGUCCCAGGCGUCGUAUUUCCCAGGCUACGUUGUUUUGGAGAUUAACGAACUGCAAUUCUUCGACAGAGACCAGCUGAUUCUGUCCAAUGCCGAAGUUGUGCCGUAUCUGUACUCCAACUACAAGUACCGCGACCGGUUCGAGGCCAAGAUCUACUCCGACUCCGAGGAGAGCGACGACUAG